AUGGGUAUGUCUUUGUGGAUCUUCACCCAACACCGACCAUCCUCGGUGUUGGGUGAAGAAGUUGGCUGUUGCACGAGUCAUACUCCCCAAGGUCCAGACCGGUUGGACCGAGGGAUCAGGAUGGAGAAGGAGCCAGGGCAGGAGCCUGGUCUGGCUGCUGCUCAGGGCAGAUUGGUGAUUUUCCGUAAAAUCAGCGACUUGCAAAAGGAGGAGGAGGAGCGAGAGCGCGCCAAGAACGAGGUGCAGCUCAGCAUCCCGCAGGACCACCCUGUGCGCAGACUCCUCCACAAGUUCAAGCCGCGGCACAACGGCAACAACGGCGGCUACACAGACGCAGAGACUCACCAGACCCAGAACCUGCAGCAGCUUGGUCACUCCAGCUCACAGCACUCUCUCCCCCUGAGCACAUCCUUCCAGAACGGCACCAGCAACAUCCUCACCGUGUCGCAGAUCACCCCCAUGCAAGAGUACAGCGCCGACAACAGAGACAAGCUCCAAGAGGACGAGAGAGAACCAGAGAAACUGAGAGAAACUGGCAAACGCGAAACCAACAAGAGAGAGAGCGACAAACAGAGAGAGAGCGACAAACACAAAGCCGCAGAAAGCAACAGUGAGGCGGUGAUCCAGACUUUAUCUAAACCAGCGAAAGCCCCCAGCGCCUGGAUGCGUCUCAAAGGCAGUGCGGCAGACGGAGCGCGGCGAGACUCGCCUCUGACCAAUCAGAAGGCGGCGUCCGCGGAGAUGUUAGCGCCAUCAGCAUCGGCGCCGAACAAGGAGGCGGACGGCAAAAAUCUGCGAAAGACUGACUCGUGCGACAGCGGCAUCACCAAGAGCGAGCAGCGCAUCGACGAGACGGAGACGGUGAAGGAGGCGCUGGACGAGACGCGGCUGCAGCUGCGCACCGACAUACAGGCGCUGGGAGGUCGGCUGCGGCGGCUGGAGACACAGGUGCAGAUGAUCAUACAGCUGCUGUCUGACGAGCGGCGAGAAGGAGAGAGAGAGGACCAGGCCGCAGUACCAGGGGCAGCAGGCAGGGGGAGCGAGAAGCAGGACAUCUUCACCGUGUCCAGACCGGUGACUCCUGAUGCACACAGGGGGAGGGGCUAUGAGGCACACAGGGGGGAGGGGCUAUGA